GUAUUGGAUUUGAAUAAAAAUAAAAACCUGUAUGGCCACUUUCUUGCAUAAUACUACCUACAGUAUACUGGUUGCUUCAACUUCUCACGAAUGCAAUGAAUAUAUCAGAUGAUUUAAAUAUCGAAAAGUAAUUUAAUGAAGACUGUGCAUGUUUAAGAAAGUAAAUACAUGUACAUCCGCGAAACUAAAGGCGUUUCAAAAAGAAGUCGAUACAUGUAUAUAAUAUUAUUUCUAUAGCCUAUAUACUAGACUUUAGAAAAGAUGGAGACAUCAGCAGUUUCAAGCCCAGACAAAAUUAUAGAAGAUCUUGGGGGAUGUGGUCGUCUCCAGAUAAGAAUCGGCAUAACAGUUCAUGCAACUAAAGGUCUCAUUUGCUUUAGUAUAAUGAGUAUGAUAUUAAUUUCGGCGACUCCACAAUGGUGGUGUGUUAGUGACGUCACAUCUCCUAAUAUGACGUCAUGUGUAGACAGCAAAAACAACUCAUUGUUUUGCCAUGAAAAGAAAUGUCAUGUAAAUGGUACUAAAUGCAGCCGUUUUGUAUUCGAAGGAAGUGCUAGAACUGUGGUUACCGAGUUCGAGCUUUUAUGUGGGCUAGACUAUAUACCGAGCACGGUCAUGUCAAUGCAGACAUUUGGCAUGCUUGCCGGUGCUCUUGCGGCCGGGCAACUUUCGGAUCUUUUUGGAAGGAAACCGCCUUACUUCGCUGGCCUCUUAUGUUUAUUGAUCUUUAAUUUGAUAGGUUUUUUCUCUGUUAAUUGGAUAAUGUUUGCGGUAUCUAGACUUUUCAUCGGGAUAGGCUCCGGGAUGUUUUUAGCUAUACAAUAUUGCAUAGUAUCAGAGUUCUCUCUUGCUAGAUGGCGUGCAUGGGUUACAGGUUUUCCAAGCUGGCCUAUUUUGUCAUGUUUGUUUGCAUUGUGCGCAUGGCUGAUUCAGGAUUGGCGUUAUAUUCAACUACUCUGCUGCCUCCUUGCUUUGCCUUGCCUUCUGACUUGGUUCAUUUUACCUGAAAGUUUUCGAUGGUAUAUAGCUAGGGAUCGCAUUGAAGAUGCAUCUAAGGUUAUAGCACGUGUUGCGAUGAUCAACAAGCACCCCCUCCCGGACAUUUCCAAUCUUGAUAUGAACAAAAACUCAACAAAGAAGGAAAAUAAUUAUACUUUUAUCCAUCUGUUUAAGUCGAAAGAAUUAUCAAAGGCGACUGUAUUGCUGUCUAUCAACUGGUUUGCUCUAGGCCUGGUAUUCUAUGGUAUAAGUUUCGGUAUCCAAGCAUUAGCAGGAAAUAUCUACCUAAAUUUGUUCUUGUUCAGUGUCGUCAGCAUACCUGCAAAAAUUAUCACGGUCUAUUUGACGAAUAGAUUUGGGCGAAGGAUUGCAGCUAUGAUUUGCUUUUUGGGUGUCGCAGUUGGUGGGCUUGUGGCCGGGAUAGCUCAAGCUGUUGAUACUCCACAUCGUGACCUGCUUACAAAUGUAUUUGCUAUCAUAGCAAGUAUGACCAUCAACAUGGCUUGGGGACCAGUACAGACAAUGACAAUAGAAGUUUACCCUACUGUUAUAAGAAAUAUAGGUUUCGGAUCUUUAAGUGUCAUUGCCCGCUUUGGUGCAAUUCUAGGACCACAGUUUGUUUACUUGAACAUGUAUGUACCAGGAUUGUUGUUCUUCGUUUGUGGUGGAAUAGCGAUACUGUGUCUUGUCUCACAACAGUUCUUACCAGAAACGAGGGAUUCUAAUUUAAACGACAAAAUACACCAAAAGGAAGUGGACGUAAUGCCCCUUGGAGAGAAAGAUACUAAUAUCAAAUGACCUUCAACUUUGGUGUGUUAGAUGUUAAAAUAUGU